AUGGUCACCCGAGCAUCUCUUCCUCUCAGUGGCAAGGUCGCCCUAGUGACAGGCGGCGGACGAGGCAUUGGGGCCGGUAUUGCCCUCGAACUGGCCCGCCGCGGGGCCUCGGUCGCGAUCAACUACGGCCACAGCGCCAAGUCAGCGCAAGAGGUCGUCGAUGCCAUCCAGGCCAUCGGCAGCCAGGCCGUGGCCAUCAAGGCGGACCUGACCUGCGUACCCAACAUCGAGUCACUCAUCAAGCAGGUGGCCAGCCACUUUGGCCGGCUGGACAUUGUCGUGUCCAACUCCGGGGUGGAGAAGUUCUGCCCCCUGGAGGAGACCACCCUCGACGACUUCAACGAGGUCUUCGAUCUGAACACCCGGGCACAGCUAUUCGUCGCCCGCUACGCCUACGAGCACAUCCAGCCUGGGGGGCGGGUGAUCCUCAUGUCCUCCAUUGCGGCCGGGGUGGGGGUGCCGGGCCACGCGCUGUACGCCGGCAGCAAAGCCGCCAUCGAGGGAUUCACGCGCUGCUUGGCGGCCGAUUUUGGCCGCAAGGGAUGCACGGUCAAUGCGAUUGCGCCGGCCGGGGUGAAGAGCGACAUGUGGCGAGAGAACGCAUGGCGGUAUGCCCCCGGGUGCGACAAGGGCUCGACGCUGGAGGCGAUCGAGAACGCGCUGGCGAGCGGAAGUCCGUUGAAGCGGUGCGGUGUGCCCGAGGACAUUGGCAAGGUGGUUUCAUUCCUGGCGAGUCCGGAUGCGGAAUGGGUAAACGGAGUCAAGAUGCCACGCUGGAUCCUUGGAGACAAGUUUGAUACCGUCUUCCCCCACAAGGGCUCGUUGAAGGUCCUGUGGGACUCGAGAUGGAAGUUUGCCUGUCAGAAAUCCGUCUAUCCCUUCCAUGACGGCUGUAUCGAGGACUUUGAGCCCAUCUUCAACCAGCUCAUCUCAGAAAACAUCAACGACGCUGCAUCCGACGAAUACACCCAGGCCUUCCUCCCCACGGCAUCCGCCCUCGAGGAAAAAGCCGCCCAGGCCCUCCGCACCGGCGACAAAGAGGAGGCCUCGCGCCUCCUCUGCCGCGCGGCCGUAGUCUACCGCAUCUCCCGCUUCCCCUACGUGGACAUCACCAAGCCAGCCUCCAUCAAGCGCGUUGCCUUUGAGCGCCAGAAACAGGCGUACCUGAAGGCGACCUCGCUCUGGACCCAGCCCAUCCGCGAGGUCCUGGUCCCGCACACCUCCCGCGCCGGGAACGACGGCGCCCACAUCCCCAUCUACAUCCGCACCCCCGCCGGCGCAGACCAGACCACCCCGGCCCCGGUCGUGAUGAUCAUGACCGGCCUGGACGGGUACCGGCCCGACAACAGCCAGCGCACGCACGAGAUCCUGGCGCGCGGCUGGGCGGCCGUUGUGGUCGAGAUCCCCGGCACGGCCGACUCGCCCGCCGACCCGGCGGACCCGUCCUCGCCCGAUCGACUGUGGGAUAGCGUGCUGAGCUACCUGGACCAGCGCCCGGAGCUGGACACGGCCCGGAUGGCGGUCUGGGGGCUGAGCGCGGGGGGGUACUAUGCCAUCCGGGCGGCGCAUACCCAUCGCGACCGACUGCUCGGGGCCGUGGCGCAUGGCCCGGGCUGUCACUACUAUCUUGAUCCGGAGUGGUUGGCCAAGGUCAAUGACCACGAGUAUCCGUUCGAGUUGACCGCGGCGUGGGCCACCAAGCACGGCUACAAGACCGUCGAGGAGUUUGUGGCCGGCGCGCAGAAGAAGUUCUCGCUCGUGGAGACGGGCGUCGUCGAUCAGCCCAGCUGCCGGCUGCUGUUGCUGAAUGGCGUCGAGGAUGGCGUCGUGCCGAUUGAGGAUUGUCUGGUGCUGUUUGACCACGGCUCGCCAAAGGAGGGACGAUUCUUCAAGGGUCUUCCACACAUGGGAUAUCCCAAUAGCCUGCCUGUUUCCUACAAGUGGUUGGAGGAGGUUCUAGCUUCGCCCGUAAAUGUGAAGAACUAA